AUGUGCCAGGAGGACCAGGUGCUGCUGCUGUUUCUCUUUGUCGCGAAGGCAGAGUAUUUUGGAGGCAGCCAGCCCAGUGACCCCGUUGCUGUUGUUGCUUACCUCCCGGAGUGGCGCUAUGAAGGCGCCAACUGGGAGACGAUCAGCGAGCACACCACACACCUUUUGCUCUUCUCAUUGGAGAUGACCGCGAAGGGAAAGAUCGUGGCCUUGGACCGCUUCCCUCGCAAGGAGCUUUAUGAGCAAGUCCGCCAGGCAACUCGAAAGCAUGGCACAGCUCUGAUGAUUUGUUUCGGCGGCAAUGGCAGGUCCGAAGGCUUUUCAGCUAUGACACGAAAAGCCAAGAACCGCAAACGCUUUGUGAAGGACACGGUGUGCUGCGGCGACACAGAAUGCAGUUGUCUCUAUAUUGAACAUGAGAGUAAAGAGUGUCGUUGA